GGAGGGCUGUUGAGAUUCUGGGCACUGCCUUCUUAAAGGGACGGCCAUAGACGCAGUUCCUGCACUUCCCUCGGCAUUUCGCAGCCUCCUGUAUCAUCCCUGCUCUGUCUGAAUCUCUACGGCCUGAGCGAUGUCUCGGAAAGUGGUACGUUCCAGCAAGUACCGCCAUGUUUUCGGCCAAGCCCUGAAGGCCGACCAAUGCUACGAUGAUAUCCGGAUUUCCCAGAAUACCUGGGACAGCAACUUCUGCGCGGUCAACCCUGUCUUCAUCGCCAUGAUCGUCGAGGCUUCGGGGGGCGGGGCUUUUAUGGUCCUCCCUCUUUCAAAGUGUGGACGGAUCGAUAAGGCCCAGCCUCUGGUGUGCGGGCACACGGCUGUUGUUCUCGAUAUUGAGUGGUGCCCACACAAUGAUCAUAUCAUCGCCAGCGGCUCCGAGGAUUGCACUGUUAUGAUUUGGGAGAUUCCAGAGGGUGGUCUGACUCGCCCGCUCACCGAUGCCCUGGUCACUUUGGAGGGUCACUCAAAGAGAGUUGGCAUCAUUGCCUGGCACCCAACAGUCUCCCAAAUCGGCUGUGACAAUGUGAUCAUUGUGUGGAACGUGAGUACAGCAGAGAAAGUGAUUGUGAUGGAUAAUGUGCACACAGACACCAUCUACAGUGUCUGCUGGAACCACAAUGGGAGCAGGAUUCUCACCUCCUGUAAGGACAAGAAACUCCGAGUGAUUGAACCUCGCAAAAACACCCUCAUCAUGGAGAAGGAAAAACCACACGAGGGUUCCCGUCCAGUCCGAGCUAUUUUCCUCACAGACGGGAAAAUCCUAACAACUGGCUUCGGGAAGAUGAGCGAACGCCAAGUGGCCUUAUGGGAUACG